UGGGUUUUUAUUCAGGACGUGUGCUCCUAAAAUGUUAUAGUCAGCGAGCUAGUCGUACUUUGGUCAGAAAUGGCCGGGGCACAAUGUAAGCUUGCUAACGUCUGGAAGAUUUUCUCUUACAGGCAUGGAUAGGAUUUUAUGCGAAUUCAAUUUAUGUACGGGUACUCUAGUUCUCGAGCUGUCUCUCUUUUAACGUUACGAUAGCUAGCUAGCAGUGUAAGCGUAUAGUCGUUCUGGGAAUCUGCUCAGUCGGGGUGUUCUUGACAUUUGCAAUGGGAACGUGGCAGCCCCUAGGGAAUUUGAAGAAUUACCUGGAGCAUCAUCCACCAUCCAUCGUUUUUCUCGUGUGCUUAUUCACAUUGGCUGUUACUUUCAUUAGCUUUGGAGCAUACAUCAAGGAUCAUGAAGUGAGGAACCCAGAUGUAGCUCAAGACUGGAACCAAAUUCUGGCUUCUCUUGCUAGUCUGAAGUUCUGUGUAUUCAACAAUGAGACGGACGCAGAGGCUGUAUCUCUGAAUCAAGAACACGUGGUUGCCUCUCCUCCGCUGGUUGAGCAUGAGACUGCAGAUGGAAUCCCUUCCAACUCUUCUGAUGUUCCCCUUGCUUCCACUCACCUCUCCCUGUUGGUGCCACUAGCCUUAACUGAGAGCAGUCAAGGCAGAAGCCCAGCCAGUCUCCAUACCACACUAUUGGGAAGUGAACUGGGGCUAAAGGGUCCUGCUGGAAAAGAGACCUUGAACUUGACACUGCUCUUCUACUCUCAGCCUGAGCUGACCAGUAGUGGGUCGGGUGGUGAGAUUAUACCGACAAUUACUUGCCUGAGGGUCACUGCACCUACAUAUAUCCUGCCCAAAACUCCCCAUCCUCCUGCAUGCCCAGUCAGUGAAGAUGAGGACUCUGAUCACUCCCCCUUGACGGCCAUCACCUCAGAACAGAGAAACCCAAAUCCCCAGCAUGCUUUGGACUGCUACUCUAUGGACUUUACACCUAAUCCUAGCCUCACUGUUAUGCUCUCGCAGGGGGAGCGGGAUCUGGCUGGACACCAUUUGAUGAUGGUCAGCGUCUGUCUGCUGAGUAUAUGUGGUGUGCUUUGCUUUUUUUGGAGCCUCUCUUGUUCCAAAUCGCGGAGGUUCCAUGGUAAUGGACUGGACUUACAGAAGGAACCAUUGAUCGACUCCUGAAUGUUGUCAGUGCAAACAAGACUUUUAAAAACACUGAUGAAUGUUGUAAUUCAUUAUUUUUUUUAAAAAAAGCCUUUUUUCCUUCCAGUUUUUUUUACCCAAUCAACAGUAGAGCAAACACAUUAAAAUGUAGCAGGGAUGAACAAGAGGGGAAAGACGGAGUGGGAGAAAUGCAGGAGCACAGUAGAGGAAAGGAGACAUUUAGAUAGAGGUAAAAGGUCUGACUGAACAUUGUAAUCAUAAUUUCAAGUUUAUCAUACAUAGUUGUGACCCACUGAAAUCAGGAGGAUGGGAAUGCAAACUUCCAUUUGAAUGCAAAAGGAACUACAAAAUGAUGCAACCUCAUAUAGUAUCAGAUAAAUGUGUGGUGAAUAACAUCUUCAGGGUUAUACAUAUGGCUGUUAUUGGAUUUAGUUUUUUAAUGCUUUUUUCCUCUUUAUGCAACCAUAUGGAAUUGCUAAUUCCACAUCAGACUCCUAUCACUGUGAGAAAUUCUGCACUUUUGCAGCAGUGCUUAAGUGAGAUGAAUGAAAUCUUUAGAUACACUUUCAUGCAAUCAAUGGACAUUUUUCACACUACAAGUCACACAGUGGAGCUAACCUCAGCUGGGCAGCAAACAGAGGACAGGGGCUAUGCCUGGUCGUUGACAGCAAAUGACACGUCUGCUUUUGAGUCCAGGCUGUAAGGGUCAGUCUGAAAUCAAGAUGAGUGGCUAGCUGUGUGAGCCACUUGGGAGCCUCCAGUUAUUGGAUUGAAUUUAUCAGUCCAUUAUCAUGAGAAAAGGCUUUAAAGAGGAAAAUAUACAGUAUUCUGAAUAAUUGCUGUUUUG